AUGAGAGAUGGACCACAUCUGAACAUGGAACAACGACGGUCCCUCUUGGCACCUAUAACAGAGCAGGAAAUUCAUACGGCACUUAAAGGUAUUGGGGACUUGAAAUCACCGGGGAUUAAUGGUUACGGAGCCCGUUUCUUUAAAGGUAGCUGGGAAACCAUUAAAUCUGAUGUGGUAAAUGCAGUACAAGAUUUUUUAUGCCACGAACGCCUAUUUAAAACAUUUAACAGUAGUGUGGUGAUGCUUAUUCCAAAACACUAUGACGCUCAAUCCAUUAAAGACUACAGGCCAAUAGCAGGGUGUACCAUUGUCUAUAAAAUCAUCUCAAAAAUACUUACUACAAGAUUGGGUAAAGUUAUUGGCGAUGUUGUCUACCAUUCGCAAGCUGCAUUUGUGUCGGGCCAACAGAUCCAUAAUCAUAUCCUACUAGCGUAUGCACUUAUUAAGGGGUAUACCAGGAAAGGAGGCACCCCACGAUGUAUGCUCAAAUUAAUCUUCAAAAAGCCUAUGAUAUGGUAA